UUAAUACGUCUUAGACACCCGGACAUUGACUUAGAUGCCUGGGGAGAAGUAGCAUUAGGAUUUAAAACCGUACCGUUCCUCCUUUUAGCUGCACAGAGAGACAAAGGUACACACAAGGUAGCUAGAUAGAGGUCAGAAGCAUGUCAUCCAAGAAGAAGAGGGCGGCCGUGGAUCUCUCCCUAGAGAUGGAGGGGAGGGAGGACGACCGCAGUGGCGGAAGCGAUGGUGAUCGCCAGACCAAGGAUGGCGGGGUGGAGAAGAAAGAUGGGCAGCUCAAGCAAGGAGAGGAGCGCAAAGAGGAAAUCGAGGAGGAGAAGGUAGUUGAAGUGGUUGUAGACCAAAGAGGAGACGUCCGCUCCAAGGAGGAGAUCAAAUAUAGGACUCAACAAGGAGAGGAGAUGGAGGAGGACAAGCAAUUAUCAGAGGAAGGCGACGACAACGGCGAGAGCGAUGGAGGGGAAACUCGUGCGGAAGACAAGCACGUGGUAGAGGCCGCCGGCAACAAAGGUGACCACGGGGACGAUAACCCUACCACCAUGGUGCAAGACGAGGUGAGCGCGAUGCAGGAGAAGAUGGAGAAGAUGAAAGAGGAGAACCGGAUGCUCCGGCGAGUCGUCGACCGGACCGUGCGGGACUACCACGAGCUGCAGAUGAAGGUAGCUGCCUAUCAGAAGCAACCAACAUAUGAGCCUAAGGAGACCGAGGUUUUCCUUUCCCUCGGCGCCGCCGCGGCGACCGGCAGCUUCCCGGAGCCGAAGCGCAAGGAGCAGGCCACGCGGCGGCCUUCAGUGAGCAGCGAUGACACGGACGACGGCAAGGAGGAUCUCGAGCUGUCCCUGAGUCUAGGGGCGUACGAGGGGGAGAAGCCGGAAGCAGGGCACGACUUCCACAGCGCCACCGCGGUCGGCGACGGUAGGGCGAAGGCCUACGCGCUGCUGGAGAGCAGCAAGCUCAUCCCUCCGGCCGCCGGCGAUCUUGCCGCGGCCGGCAUCACGAGCCAGAGCGUCAACCCGGCCAACCGCAAAACUAGGGUUUCCGUUCGAGUCCGGUGCCAGGGGCCCACUAUGAACGACGGGUGCCAAUGGAGGAAGUACGGGCAGAAGGUCGCGAAGGGCAACCCGUGCCCGAGAGCCUACUACAGGUGCACCGUCGCGCCGGGAUGCCCGGUGCGUAAGCAGGUGCAGCGAUGCCUGGAGGACAUGUCCAUCUUGGUGACCACGUACGAGGGCACGCACAACCACCCCCUCCCCGUCGGAGCCACCGCCAUGGCCUCCACCACCUCCGCCGCGGCCACAUUCAUGCUGCUCUCCAGCACUAGUUCCUCUUCCUCCAUCUCCGACGCUGGCGGCGCCUCAGCUGCGCCUCCCUACCACAGCCCAUACCUGCUCAACUCCACCUCCCACCACUCCUCCGCUUCGCCGCUGCUCAGCGCGCCACCAUCAAUGCCCGGCGCCUCUGGCGCGGCCAGUGGCAUGCAACAUCUCAACCUGUUCGGGCAUUCGUCCAUGCUAGCUCAACAGGCACCACACCUCAAGUACCCGUGGACAUCUAACCCUUCGCACGGCAUUGGUGGUCUGGCAGGGGGCAAGAGGCCGUUUUGGAGCACUGGCAGCGACGACAAGACGGCAGCAUUGCCCGACAAUGUAGGAGCCGUCAUGUCAGACCCAAGCAAGUUCUCGGUUGCGAUUGCGGCCACGAUCAACAGCUUCAUGGGGAAGGAUGGGCAGGUUAUGAGCGGCAAGGACGGCGAGAGUAGUAGUAGCAAGAGUAGUAACAAGUGGGGGGUGGUUGAAUCACUUCCACCCCAUGACUAGUCAGUAGUGAGACGCGGAGACUAGCUAAUUGUGGAAAGUUAAGGGGAGUAUUUCAUCAUAAUUAUUGUGUGCAAAAGAUCAAGCUAAGGGGCAAACACAUACUGGAGAAUUUUUUUUGGGCCAUUGUUUGUAACCAUUUUUCAGGUUUUCUCUUUUGGAACAAAUCGAUUGCAAUUAUUGUUAACCGUAAAUUACAAUACGUGUUCACUGUUUCAGCACGCUAUUCAAAAAUGUACAAACGGAACAA